CGGACCCAGGAGGCCCAGGGUGCUGGAGGUGACCCUCAGGCAGCAAGACCCCAGCGGAAGGGUUUGAGCCCUGCAAACAGCUGUCCUGUACCUCCGGCUGGGCUCCGGUUAGGGGAGAGUACCUGUACCCAGGUGGCGGCGCAGCGGCAGCUGCUCCAUGCAGAACUGAAGUUGGUCCUGCAGCAGAAGGAGGAGAGGAAGCAAGAGCGUGGGGCUGGGGAGACUUCUAGCAGCACCAUGGAGGUCAGGAGCAGGAGUGCAGAGGAGCUGAGGCGUGCGGAGCUGGUGGAGAUCAUCGUGGAGACCGAGGCGCAGACCGGUGUCAGCGGCAUCAACGUCGCAGGCGGCGGCAAAGAAGGGAUCUUCGUCCGAGAGCUGCGCGAGGACUCGCCUGCCGCCCGGUCCCUAAGCCUGCAAGAAGGGGACCAGCUGCUGAGCGCCCGCGUGUUCUUUGAGAACUUCAAGUACGAGGAUGCACUACGCUUGCUACAAUGUGCCGAGCCUUACAAAGUCUCCUUCUGCCUGAAGCGCACCGUGCCCACCGGGGACCUAGCGCUGCGGCCUGGGACCGUGGCUGGCUACGAGAUCAAGGGCCCGCGGGCCAAGGUGGCCAAGCUGAAUAUCCAGAGUCUGUCCCCUGUGAAGAAGAAGAAGAUGUUGGUGGUGCCUGGGGCUCUGGGGGCCCCUGCAGACCUGGCCCCUGUUGACGUCGAGUUUUCCCUCCCCAAGUUUUCCCGCCUGCGCCGGGGCCUCAAAGCUGAGAUCUCCAAGGGUCCUGUCCCAGCUGCCCCUGCCCGCCGGCGCCUCCAGCUGCCUCGGCUGCGGGUGCGAGAAGUGGCUGGAGAGCCCCAGGCAGCACGGAUGGCGGCUGCCGCUCCUCCCCCCAGGAAGGCCAAAGUGGAGGUCACUGAGGUAGCAACAGGAGCCAGGUUCACGGCCCCUCAGGUAGAGCUGGUUGGGCCUCGGCUGCCAGGUGCUGAGGUGGGUGUCCCUCAGGUCUCAGCCCCCAAGGGGGGCCCCUCUGCAGAGGCAGGCAGCAGUUUCACCCUCCACCUGCCAACCCUUGGGCUAGGAGCCCCAGCUGCACCUGCUGUGGAGGCCCCAACGGUAGGGAUCCAGGUUCCCCAAGUGGAGCUGCCCACCUUGCCCUCACUACCCACUCUACCCACCCUUCCCUGCCUAGAGACCCGGGAAGGGGCUGUGACACUGACAGUCCCCACCCUGGAUGUAGAAGCACCUUCUGUAGGGGUGGAUUUGGCCUUGCCAGGCUCGGAGGUGGAGCCCCAAGGAGGGGAAGUGCCUGAUGUGGCCCUAAAGAUGCCCCGCCUCAGUUUCCCCCGCUUUGGGGUUCGAGGGAAAGAAGCCCCUGAGGCUAAGGUGAAGGGUCCCAGACUUCGAAUGCCCACCUUUGGGCUUUCUCUCCUGGAGCCCCGGCCCUCUGCCCCAGAGGCUGUAACAGAGAGCAAGCUAAAGCUGCCCACCAUCAAGAUACCCUCGUUUGGCAUUGGAGUAGCAGGGCCUGAGGUCAAGGGGCCCAAAGGGCCAGAAGUGAAGCUGCCUAAGGUCCCUGAGGUCAAGCUCCCCAAAGUGCCAGAACCAACCCUUCCAGACAUACAAGUCCCUGAGGUGCAGCUCCCCAAAGUCUCCGACAUGAAACUCCCAAAGGUGCCAGAGAUGGCAGUGCCAGAGGUUCGACUCCCAGAGGUGCAGCUCCCCAAAGUCUCCGACAUGAAACUCCCGAAGGUGCCCGAGAUGGUAGUGCCAGAGGUUCGACUCCCAGAGGUGCAGCUCCCAAAAGUUCCAGAGAUGAAACUUCCUGAGAUGAAGCUGCCCAAGGUGCCCGACAUGGCGGUGCCUGACUUGCGGCUCCCGGAAGUCCAGCUCCCCAAAGUUCCAGAGAUGAAGCUGCCCAAGGUGUCCGAGAUGGCUGUGCCUGACAUCCGACUUCCAGAAGUACAGCUCCCCAAAGUGUCAGAGCUAAAGCUCCCUGAGAUGAAGCUGCCCAAAGUCCCCGAGAUGGCUGUGCCCAACCUCCACCUUCCAGAGGUGCAGCUCCCCAAAGUGCCUGAGAUGAAGCUCCCCAAAGUCCCCGAGAUGGCCGUGCCUGACCUCCACCUUCCAGAGGUGCAGCUCCCCAAAGUGCCCGAGAUGAAAAUCCCAGCCAUGAAACUCCCUGAAGUGAAGCUCCCCGAGAUCAAACUGCCCAAAGUCCCUGAGAUGGCCGUGCCUGACCUGCACCUUCCAGAGGUGCAGCUCCCCAAAGUGCCCGAGAUGAAGCUCCCCAAAGUCCCCGAGAUGGCUGUGCCUGAGCUGCAACUCCCAGAAGUACAGCUCCCCAAAAUGUCAGAGAUACAACUUCCAGAAUUGCAAGUGCCGAAAGUCCCAGAGGUGUGUCUCCCCCAGGCCCCGGAGUUGAAGGUGUGCAAGACGCCAGAUGUGGAGCUCAAGGUACCAGGUGUGCAGCUCAAAGCUCCUGCAGCAGAGCAGGCAGAGAAGACAGAAUUUGGCUUCAGGAUGCCGAAGAUGACCAUGCCCAAGCUAGGCAGGGUGGGGCCUCUGGCACAAGACAGGGUGGGCCCUGAGGACUCGGGGAAGCUGGUGACCCUUCCCUGUUUGCAGCCGGAAGUGGGAGCUGAGCCUCGAGCGGGCAUUCCCUCCCUCACUCUGCCGUCUGUAGAGCUGGACCUUCCAGGGGCCCUCGGCCUGGAGGCACAGAGUCAAGCAGCCCAAGCGAGCAAGGUGGAACGACCAGAGGGUCUCGGAGUGGCAGCAGGUGUUGGCGAAGCGGGCUUCAGGGUGCCAUCCGUUGAGAUCGCGGCUCCACAGCUCCCCACUCUGGAAGUUGCCGAAGAGCGACUGGAGAUGACGGAGAUGCAGGCCAAACCCUCCUCCAAGUUCUCCCUGCCUAAGUUUGGACAGUCGGGAUCAAAGGUGGCCAAGGCAGAGGCUGAGGGGGCCAGGCGAGCCAAGCUGAAAGUCUCCAAGUUUGCCAUUUCACUCCCCAAAGCUCGGGUGAAGACUGAGGCUGAGGCAAAAGGGGCUGGAGAUGCAGGCCUGCUGCCUGCACUCGACCUGUCCAUCCCACAGCUCAGCCUCGAUGCCCAUCUGCCCUCAGCCAAGGUGGAGCUCUCGGGGGCUGAUGUCAAGCUCAAGGGGCCUCGCUUUGCACUGCCCAAGUUUGGGGUCAAAAGCCGGGACAUUGAGGCAGGGGGAGAGGGAGGGCCAGGGGUGGCUGAGUUAGAGGGCAAAGGCUGGGGUCGGGAUGGGAAAGUAAAGAUGCCCAAGUUCAAGAUGCCAUCUUUUGGGCUGGCCCGAGGAAAGGAGGCAGAAGGCCAGAGUGGACAUGUCAGCCCUGUGGAGAAGCCGGACUCCGUAGCCGGAACACUGAAGAUCCCCGAAGUUGAGUUGGUGACGCUGGGGGCCCAGGAAGAAGGUACGGCCCAGCCUGUGUCCACAGCCCAGCAGGUGGGCACAGAGGGCCCGCUGACCCUCUCCGUGCCCCAGGUAGAGCUGGCCAGCUUUGGGGAGGUGGGGACCGUGGGGCAGCAGGCAAAGCCCGGAACCCAGGGGGCAGAGGGCGAGCUCUUAGUGGGCGAGGGUGUCUUCAAGAUGCCCAUGGUGACUGUGCCCCAGCUUGAGCUAGACGUAGGGCUGGGCCACGAGACCCAGCCUGGCCAGACAGCCACAGGUGAGGGCGGGCUGAGGCUGAAGUUGCCCAACUUAGGGGCAGUGGCCGGGGGAGAGGGCAGUGAGGAGCAACCCUCAGGUGCCGAGCGUACCUUCCACCUCUCACUGCCUGAGGUGGAGCUCUCCCCACCCGCCGUGGGCAGCCAUGCCGAGUACCAGGUGGCCGAGGGUGGAGGGGAUGCAGGACACAAGCUCAAGAUGCGGCUGCCACGGUUUGGCCUCGUGCGGGCCAAGGAAGCCGGGGAGGAGGGAGAGAAAGCCAAGAGCCCCAAGCUCAGGCUUCCCCGAGUGGGCUUUGGCCAGAGUGAGGGGGUACCCGGAGAAGGGUCCCCCAAUUCGGAGGAGGAAGAGGAGGUGGAAGAGCGCAGUGGGGAAGGAGCUUCAGGCCGCCGCAGCCGGGUCAGAGUCCGCCUGCCCCGCGUGGGCCUGGCCACGCCUUCCAAGACCUCUAAGGGACAGGAGGGUGAGGCAGCCUCCAAGUCCCCUGUUGGGGAAAAGUCACCCAAAUUCCGCUUCCCCCGGGUGUCACUGAGCCCCAAGGCGCGGGGUGGUAGUGGGGACCGGGAAGAGGGUGGGUUCAGGGUCCGGCUGCCCAGCGUGGGAUUCUCAGAGACGGGGCCUCCAGGCCCCAGCAGAGUGGAAGGGGCUCAGGCUGCUGCCGUCUGAAGCCCUAUGUAGAUGGAGCCCUCCCUCCUGUCUUCCUACCCCCCCCCCCACGUUUCCUCUCCCCACCCUCCAUUUCGUGUGUGAGAUACUAGCACUAACCCCCAAAAGGCCCACAGGUGGCCCACCCACCCCAGCAGGGUGCCAAGGCCUGUGCACCGCUCAUUGGCAGGAGCGUCUGUGUCAUGCCAUGCCAUGUGAAUAAAAUAAUC